GCUAACGCGUAACUCCAGGGAAAGCUGUGUGUACGCUCGGCGCGAGAUAGGAACUGUAGUUAAGAAAAAUAAAGAAAUAAAUAAAAAAAAGCAGACUGGUUGCAGAAAAAAAAGCAAAACACCUUUUUUAUUAGUAUAAAGUGAAAAGGAGCUAAUUGAAAUCUUUAUGCACUGGGAGGCUGCGCUUGCUGCACGAUUGCUGUUUGGGGUUUGUUUGGACACUCGGAAGGCAGCGAGGAGGAAAUGUCCUGGUGGCCGCGCGGUGAGGAGGGCGAGGAGACUCAGUACCAGGACACGGACUCGGACGUCCCAGACAGCGGCAAGGUCAAAGUGAAAUGGACACAGGAGGAGGAUGAGAGUCUAAGAGGUUUGGUUCAGAACUUUGGACAAGGAGACUGGAAGAGGAUCGCCAGCUUUUUGACGAACCGAACAGAGCAACAGUGUCAGCACAGGUGGCUGAAAGUGCUCAAUCCUGACCUGAUCAAGGGGCCCUGGACCAAGGAGGAGGAUGAGCAGGUGAUAGAGCUGGUGAAUUGCUAUGGAACCAAGCAGUGGGCGACGAUCGCCAAGCAUCUGAAGGGCCGUCUUGGCAAGCAGUGCCGGGAGCGUUGGCACAACCACCUGAACCCUGAGGUGAAGAAGUCCUCCUGGACUGCCGAAGAGGACCGCAUCAUCUACCAGGCACACCGCGUGCUGGGCAACCGCUGGGCAGAGAUCUCUAAGCUGCUGCCGGGAAGGACAGACAAUGCAGUUAAGAACCACUGGAACUCGACAAUCAAGCGCAAGGUGGAGAUGGGCGUCUACUCGAGUGAGGACGAUGUGCCUCUCAGCCAGCUGGCCCAAUUAGAGGAAGGGGAGGUCACUACAUUUCACGGGGAUGACAAGAUGGCGAAUCAUUGUGAUGUGAAGCUGGAACCAGAUCAGGAUAAUCGCGAUGCAAACCAGGAUGACUCCCCUGAUGAGUGGGAAGCCCCGGCCUCUACUUCUAAUAAGAAAGGUGCAGCCGAACAGGGGGUAAUACCCAAGACACCCCCGCCCCAGACUGCCGGACUGCUGACCCCUAAGUCAGAGCCCGAUGCUUCGGGGGACCCCUGCCCCAGUCGCUGGGUUGUGGACAGUUCCGGCUUCCUGUCUCCCACACCCGGCCCCGCCUUCAAAGAGGCGCUGGAGCUCAUUGAGGGGUCUUCUCCUCGCCCCAAACUGGAUGCAAAUAAUGGGAGCGCUGAGAAAGAUCUGAAGCUUCCGGAUUCGCUGAAACCCUUUUUUAAAGACUUGAAACAUCACGAAGGCGGCACAAUCACAAUGGCUUGCAAGCUCUGCCGUUUCCAAGUCCACUCGAAAGCAGGCAUCACCUCCAACUUCCAUCGGCACAUCAAGACGAGGCACACAAGAGUUUUAGUGGAACAAAAACUGAAAAUAAAAAUCAAAAAGGAGCACCAGGAGAACGCAAGGAAGUCUGUUACUCCCCCACCCCAUUCCCCUCCUCCGAAAGCCCAUGAAGUGAUCGUCCCCUUGGGCACCAGCCACCAGUCCAGGCAGAAGUCCAUUACGGAGGCCAUCUUGCGUAUGAUCGCAGAGGACAUGCUGCCGCUCAGUUUUGUGGAAGGGGCCGGCUUCCGUAACUUCAUGACGGUGGUGGAGCCUCGCUACCCCCGCCUGUCGCAGCGCACUGUCGGGCUCAAGCUGUAUGAUGAGGUGGAGAAGGGCAUCAAACCCAACUUGAUCAAGGACCUAAAGAGCUGCAUCGUCACUGGAGGAGCUGACGGCAUCAUCCACACCACGCUGGACCUGUGGUCCAGCCGCCACGGUGACCACAUGAUUGGCGUGCAGCUCCACUACUUUGACGACGAGUGGAAUAUCCGUCGGCCCACCGUGGCUUUCCGCCACAUCAGCCGGAAAAACACCACUGCAGCGCUGGCGAGGGAGCUGGAGGCAGUGCUGCUGAGCUAUGGCCUGUUCCCUCACAACGUGGGCUAUGUGGUUACCGGAGAGGCCAAAAGCACCAUUGCUACCUACGACUUGUUCUGCGACUACCGCAUGGCAACCUCAACUCAGAAUAAAGACGUGGAUGAGGAGGAGGUCUUGAGCUUCCUGGCUGACUUCUUCCCCACGGAAGACGAGGAGUUUGCAGACAUCCAGUUUGGGACGCGAGUGGGCUGCAUUGCGCACUCCCUGCAGCUGGUCAUCAAGGAGGCCCUGAAGACCUCGCGGGUGGUGGAGAGCGUUCUGUCCCAGAUCCACAACGUGGUGGCCUUCUUCCGCCGAAGUGCCUACUGGACAGAGGUGCUGACCAAGGAGUGCGGCGUCACCCUUGUCUCGCCUCACGGCCACAACCACCGCUGGAACUCCACCUUCAUGUCCAUUCGCAAGAUGGCAAUGGAGUCUGUGUGGGGGGCGGUAAUGACCUUGCUGGCCCAGGCUCGCAUUGAGGCAAAAGACUCCUCCAGCUCGCCACCGCCGGUCCGGGCCAAGAGAGAGCAAGUCCUAGACAUCAUUGGCCUGCUGGAGCCCUUUGAGGAAGCCACCCAGGUGCUGCAGGCUGAGGGCGUCACGUUCUCCCUCAUUUUCCCUUCCCUCAUUGGGCUGGAUAAGACACUGGAGACCAGAUCCACCAACUACUCUCAUUUCUGCAAGGCUCUGCGCACUGGCUUGCAUGCCAAGUUCCAGCCGUUCAUCCUGCAAAGGGACCUGAUCCUGGCCACUGUCCUGGACCCACGGAUCAAGUUGCAGCCCUUUGAGGAGACCAAACGGGAAGCAGACCACGCCUUCUUGGCUGCACCCUCCAAGUUCCAGGCCAGGUCGGUGGUGGAGUCUGCUAUGGGAGACCUGGGCUUCAGGGGGUCCACGGAGGAAGGGGGGCUGAAGCAAGAAGACAGCCAGGAGGAGGCCAUGGAAGACCCAGAUACGUCCAACACUUCUACCAGCAACCUCAAGCGCAAGAAGAUCUUCAGCUUCUUCCAGCCUGCCACCAAGUCGGUCAAGCUGUCUGAGGUGGACAUGUAUUUAACGGAGGGCCUGCUGGACGGAGAUGCCUCAGCGCAGGCCUACUGGAAGGAAGCUACUCGGUUCCCACAGCUCCAGAGCAUCGCCAGGAAGCUUCUGUCUGUGCCUGCCACCUCAGGAGGCUUUGAGCGCCUCUUUCCAAUUGCCGGGUGUAUUGUGCGGGCGAGAAGGAGCAAACUGCCACCCCACACUACUGAGAGGCUCCUUCUUUUUAGGCAGACUGUUAAGGCUGGAGACUACAAGUAGCCCGAGUGAAGAACCAUCCUCCACCCCCCCCCCCAUUAUUGAGAAAUGUCUACUGCUGCGCUUAAAUAUUUAGCUAUUCUGUUUUAUAAGUUAAUAUGUACCGGUGACCCUGUCUUUUUAUGGUAUAGGAUUGAGCACUUAGUUAUGAACCUCAAACUAAAAGAUACAGGGUCAACUACAUGUUAAAUUACUACUAACCCUCUUUUGUUGAAGUAACAGCACAUCCUCUGUUUUUAGUAAUUUCAAGCAUAUGAAUUUUGCUCAUGCCUUGGAAAUGGUAUGUGCCUGACAGGUUUUGGUUUAGUUGUUUUCUAUUCACAAGAAGACGCUUCUUUUUCAAGAUGUAUGUGAAUCGGUGGUUUUGAUUGCCUGAAUGGGAUGACUUUGAGUCCCACUAAUGCAUAUGCAAGACUAUUAUACACUUGGCCAUUAUUUGAAAAGUAUUGAAAACUGAAUACAAACGGAGAUGUAUUCUUCUGUUUAACACAAAUCAAGAGAACAGUAAUACAGGGACUGUCCUUACAGGAAACAUUAAUCCUCUAGUUGUUUGUGACCGUGGUUUAUAGUAAAGUUGGAUGCACAAUUAGGAAAUUAACAAUACAUUACUCCAUGUGUUAUAGCUAUUCCUGCUUAAAAAAUAAACAUUUAGCCGUGAAUGUUUGCUUCCUUUGCUGUGAAGAACAGUAUUUUUGAUACAAUGUAUAGUAUUUGUUGCUCCCGCUGGUCAAGCUUCUUCUGGCAAUGGAAGGGUGUUGUGAUGUCAAAGCUGCUCAAAUACCCCAGGUUUCAGUAAAGUGGAUCCAAAUGGUUUCCUCUGCCGUCUACGUUCCUUUGUUCUUAAAACGAAGCUUCUUUUGCAAAGCUUGCCCAUAGUUUGUAGACAGCGUUGUAUUUUCAAUGUCAUGAAUUUAACUUUCCUUUUAGAAUGAAACUUCUGUUGCAUAUACACACACAGAAAAUGAUCUAGUAGGCAACACAUUGUAUCGCUUGCAAAUAUUGUCUAUAGAGGCUUGUUUGGGAACCCAAUAUGCUGCAGCUGGUGGCAAAGUAUGAUAAUGCCAGUAUUGGGGCAGUAUGAACACGGGUAAUAUAGAUUAUUCUAAUCAUGCUGAUUUACUUUGUGUAAUGAAUUGAAUCAUGAAAGUAUGUUAAAGAAGCUUGUAAAUAGGCAGUUUGGUGAUAAUACGCAAAUUGCAAUUUCGUCUUAACUAGAGUACAGUAAUCUCGAUUUGCACAUUUAACUAUAUGAACUCUAUUACUGGUAAAUGAUAUUCUUUGUAGGACUUGAAGGCAGUAUUUGUUUCACUUCCAAGCGAUAAGUCUGGAAGAUGCUGUCUGUUUUUUUCAGCAUUGUAAGCCUGUGCUGUUUAACUCUGGAAUGGCAGCCAUACUGUUAAAUGCAUAUUGAAGUAAAUACUUUUUUAUAUUUUUAAAAUAAAACAGUAUACAUGAGCCUUUCUGAUUGGCUGCGGUUUCCUGUUACUUCCAUUAGUUGUUGGGUAUAAAUGUCAAGACGCUUCGAUUUUAGAUCUGUUAACGUAAAGCAAACAUUUAAGUGAAUUUGACAUCACACCGGUGCCCUUGAAACAGUAACAUGAUGAGUUCAGGAUGUUCCUAACAUGGCAUGAGUAAGCAUCAGAUACAGAAACUUAAUGAUGUUGUUACUGUAUUCAAGUCUUGCUGCUUUCACCCUGAAGACUAACCUCCAUGCACACAGGGGAAGCCUUCACAGUAGAGAAUUAAAAAGCUGGGCAUCUCAGUAUUUCUAAGCUCUCCACAAAGUGUAGAACCGAGCUUGAUACUUCCUGCACCCCCAGAAUUAUGAUGAGGUUUAGACAGAAACAUGCUGGAGAAAAUAGAGCAAUCUGUCCUCUAUAAAGUGAUCUUUCUAUGAUCUAACGUUUGCAGCUUUCCAAGACUAAGUUGUGUCAAAUUGAACAGUAGAUGAAGGCAGUAUUCUGCCCCUCUGCUUGCCAAGACCAGAGUCCCUUUUUUAUUUUGUGGUCCCUCCUUGUGUGCAUAUAUCUAUAUAUAAUAUAUAUAUAUAACUCUGACUGUAAGGGUUGCUGAGCACUUGGGUUGUUCUCUAGUAAGGUUUUUAUUCACUGACCUUUUCAAUCAUAUCUGCUUGUCACAUGAGUGCAUUUUAUUUUCUCCCAGCCAUGUUGUAAUC